UGUUAGAUCACAAAAGCACAGCAGAGUUAGACUUGGGAAUUCUUAAAGCAUGUUGAUAUUAUUUAGUGUUUAAACGCUAAUUUGGUUACAGUCCGCUGGUACAACAGCGCUGUUUAUGACUGGUUUAAAGUGUUGGAUUGGUGAAAAACAUGACAGCCAAUGAAGACCAGGAGAUGGAGUUGGAAGCUCUGCGCUCUAUCUAUGAAGGAGAUGACUGCUUUAAAGAGCUCAGCCCUGUCUCUUUUCAGUUCAGGAUAGGAGAUCUUGAUGACUCCAGAUCCUUCCUGCUAGAAGUGUCCUGGGCAGAGAACUAUCCUGAAACUGCCCCGCACAUUUCAUUAGAUUCUUUUUUCAACAACAGAAUAUCCCUGGAGACAAAGCAGUACAUUCUCUCGAAAUUGAGUGAACAGGUAGAGACCAACCUGGGUACUGCCAUGAUGUACACGCUCUUUGAGUGGGCUAAAGAGAACCAGGAAACACUCAUGGAAAACCACCAGCCUGUGACAUCUGCUGUGACCCUGAUAUCCAACAGCGAUGUCAUGAAUAAUUCCACCACUGCCAGUAAGAAGAAGGAGAAGAAAGAGCAACUAACCAAAGCACAGAAGAGGAAACUGAUUGGAAGAACAGAUAAUAAGGGUGAACUGCCAAGAGGUUGGGACUGGGUAGAUGUUGUUAAGCAUCUGAGCAAAACUGGAGGAAAAUGUGAAGAUUAAAGAAAUGAGAAGAAUCAAUGGAUUGAAAUGUGUGGAUGAAAAAUUCUCUCUGGCCAUGAUUUCAAUUCACUUGGAGCUGCCACAUAGCUGAUUUGACCCUGAGUGCAAGAAGCUCUGCCAUUACAAAGACACAUGUCCUCAGAUCCACGCUAGUCUGUGCUAAAUCAGCUGAGCCAUACGUGAACAUCAUGAGGUGUGUGAGAAGAAAACAAACACAGGUUUAAAUGUUUGUAUUUUUGGAUCUGGUAGAACAGUUGUGUGUGACUUAAUAAACCUAACAGCAGUGUUAUGUUUCAUCUAGUGAAAAUUCCUUUUACAAAUUGUACAAUGGGUAGUUUAAAGGUGCAAUCCGAUAUGUGCUGUCAGGGGUUACUGUAAUAAAACAAGUAUUAUUUCGCUGGUCAUGUGAUCUCUACAUGGCAACCCUCAUUAGGUCUCCCACUCAAUGUCAAAUUAAAACGGCUAAAUAAAUACUAAUCAACGAAUUAAGAAUAAAAAGUAAAAAAAAAAAAAAAAAAAAAAUUAAAGAGGAAAAAAA